CUCCAAAGAAUUUUCCCACUUCUCUGCUCAUAGCUUUCCCUUCUUUGAAUUCCUGAUUCAAUAGAAUUUUCGUAAGCAAAAUAUAGUUUUUUCCUCUUUAAGGCGUUGCAUCUGUUUAUCCUCUUCUCUUCUCAGCAAAAAUAUCAAAUGAUUUUGCUAAGGAAGAUAUACAACAGAUGCAGAUAAUGAAAAAAAAGGGGAGCUCAACAGCACGCGUUUUUAAGGAGAGAUCAACGUUGCACAAUGGCCCGUUGCUCUCCUCAAUGAACGGGUUUUUCGAGGUGGUUCGAGAUAGUGUGAGAGACAACAUUGUUUUGAGGAUCGUAGUUUACUUUUAUCCCUUUAUUUUUUGUCUAUCAUUUUUCAUUUGUUUUAAAUCCUAAACUCUAAUCGCUAUACGAAACUUAUAAAUAAUAGUAAUACUACCAAAUUACAUCAAAUUAAAAUAAAUAAAUAAACUAAAUUUAAAAAAUUAAAUACAACACAGGGACCAAAAACAUAAAUUAACCUUUUUAAGCUAAAACCAGCUAUCCACCCAUUAUUAUGACCCCUCACCUACUUUCUCCUCCCUUUCCUCCCCCCCGCGUCCCUCUCUCUCCUCUCUCUCUCUCUCUAUAUCUAAUAACACUUAAAAUUCACUAUAAAAAAACCAAAGAGCUUUCAAUUUCAUAAUUCAUGGUGUUUUGUGGGUUUUUUUGAGAGCUAAAUAAAAUGAAUCAGAAUUCACCCACAUCGUUCUCAAUAUCAAUCCAUCAUUCCCAACAACAAGCAACGGCGUUAGCUCCUUUAAAAAAAUAUAGCUCUUCGACUUCUGCUAUAGCUGGUUUCUUUGGUAAAAAUGGGUACAAAUUCUGGGUUUUGACUGCAAUCAUCUUACUUGCUUUUUGGUCCAUGUUUACUGGUUCUGUUUCUCUUAAAUGGUCUUCGGGGAAUCUCACUAGUUUCUCCUACGACUUUGAUUUCUCCAUUCGUGAAGACCUUGAUGUUCUUGAAUUGGAGGAAAGAGAGAAGGUAGUGAGGAAGAUGUGGGAUGUUUAUACACAUAGCACAAGCAUUCGUUUGCCUAGAUUUUGGCUUGAUGCUUUUGAAGCUGCUUAUGAGAAUUUAUCAAGUGAUGUUAAUGGAGUUCGCGAUAAUGCCAUAUCUGAAAUUGCUAAAUUAUCUAUGCAGUCCCUAAAUCUUGUUCCCCCCUCGGUUCAAUCAAAGAUUAGCAGCAGUCAAGGGAGAAAAAAGACUAAUAAAGAAGCUUAUAAAAAGAAAGAGAAGGUUAUUUCCAAUGGGAAUUUGCAGUCCUAAAUUUUGGCCUUGCAAUUACCAGAAAAAAAAAAGUGUAAUAGUGGAAGCUCUGAGGCUUAUAAAUGAAGUUUAACUGUAAAAAUAAAAUAAAAAUGGAUGCAUUUGUUGUAAGUUCCAAUGUAUUUUUUUUUAUGUAUGUUUUAUAGUUUUACGAAGAUUAAUCAUUUUGAGGUUCGUAA